AUGGAAAAUCUUAAAAUUCCCGCAAAUAGACUACUCGGCAAAAUAGGAGAAGGAUACAAAUAUGCAAUUGAUAUUUUAAAUGAGGGCAGAAUUGGGAUAGCUGCUCAGAUGAUCGGUCUUGCCCAGGGAGCUUUUGAUGCUACUCUUCCCUAUUUAUCGGAGAGGAAGCAAUUUGGAAAACCAAUUGGCGAAUUCCAGAUCGCCACUGAAAUUGAGGCUGCAAGAUUAUUGACAUACAAUGCUGCCCGCCUAAAGGAGGCAGGAGAGCCUUUCAUCAAGGAGGCGGCAAUGGCUAAACUGUUUUCAUCCCAAAUUGCGGAGCGAGCAUCAUCCAAAUGCAUUGAAUGGAUGGGUGGCAUCGGAAUUACCAAGGAAAUUCCCGUCGAAAAGUAUUAUAGAGAUUGCAAAAUUGGAGCUAUUUACGAAGGCACAAGUAACAUCCAGCUGCAGACUAUUGCAAAGAUCAUCUCAAAGCAAUAUUCAAAUUCUUCCAAAAAUUAA